AUGCCCGUCCCUCCCUACAUAGCGGAGGGGUGGAAGGAAGGAAGGGAGGAAAGAAAAGAGGGAGGCUGCCUAGCUACUGGGAUUCUGCAUCAGACAAAAAAAAAAGAGAGGAAGGGGAAAAUCUGCUUCAGCAGCGGCAGCGCCUCAGAAAGGAAGGAGAAAUCCCAGCAAAACUCCGCAAGCUCAUCCUGCCCGUUCCCCACACAAAAAAGCCCCGAGGGCGGGCGGGCGAGGGGAGCAGCGAGGGCAGAGCCCCCCGCCCCUCUCACGGCCAAGCCCCCCGGGCUGCGGCUGCACCGGAGCCCGCUGCCCUCCCGCCACGGCACGGACCGGGAGCCACCCCCCGGAGCGACCGGGGGCUAUUUUAAACCGCUUCCCUUUUCUACCCCCUUCCCUUUUCCACUCAACUGCGCCUCCGGAGCGCGGCAGGACCGGCACGCGCCGCCCGGCCCCGCAGCCUCGCCCUUCCCCCGCGCCGGCCGCCUCCCCUCAGGCUCCGCUCUCCCCUCGCCGCGGCCGGAGCCCCCCGGACCUCUCCCCGGCUGUUCUCCCGCCGCUCUCGCGGCACCGGCUCCGCCGCCCACCGCCGUCGUGCCCGCAGCGGGGCUGCCUCGCCUCAGCCCGCGCGGCCGCGCCGCAUCGCUCGCCCCCUGCUCGCCCCGCUCCCCUCCCUCCUCCCCUCCCUCCCGCCCGCUCUCCCUGCCCGGGGCGGCUCCAGCGUGUGGAUCCCUCCGCCCGCAGCCGCGUAUCCCUCCGCCGCCGCCGCGCGGGGAUGGCGGCGCGAUUAGAGAGGGGCGGGGCCGGGGGGGAACCGCUGCAGGACGCGCGCGCGCGAGGGAGCGAUGCGGCUGCGGGCAGAGCCCGGAGCCCUCAGAGCCACGGGAGACCAAACCCUCAGUGUCCCCAACCCUCAGAGUGUCCCCAACCCUCAGAGCCCCGAGAGCCCCGAGAGCCCCGAGCCCUCAGAGCCUCCGCGGAGAGAGAGCGGCAGGCUCCUCCGCCCACCUCCCGGGGAAUAAACGUGCCCCGCAGGGACGAUGCUCUUCCAUUCCCCUCUUGGGGAAUAAAGGUGCCCGUGAGGGAAAAACUCGUCGCGGGAGGGAUAUUCUCCAUCUCCCUCAGGAGAAUAAAGGGACACACGGACUUGGAGCAGGACGAGCCGCUGCCAGGGCUGACGUUUGCAGAGGCAUCAGAGCCAGAAGGAGCUGGACUGCAGCCACCUCAGAGAGGAGUGAAAAGAAGGGGAAAUCCCUCUGUGACGUGAAUAAAGAACCGAAAAUUCCACAACAAUUCUUGAAGAUUUCUUCCCUGCUGCAGGGUCUGCUCUGAGGUGACCAAAAUCCCCCAUCAACCUUCAGGGAAUUUUCUGAGAAAACCAUAAAUAAAUUUAGAAAGGCAGCAAUAGAUCAACAGCGACGUUCGCCACUAAGAAGUCAGAUAUUCCCAAGAUUUUGGCAUUUCAGAAUUCUUUAUUAUUGUGCAUAUGAGUGGAACCCACUGGAGUGAAGGGAGCUGGGCACUGACAUAAAGAAUUCAGUGGAAUGCAGAGACUGGAAAGGCCUUGACAAAAUUUACCAGUCAGUAUUUAUAUUUUUUAAUAUAUUUUUAUAUAUAUAUAUAUAUGUAUAAAGCAAUGACCCAAGAACGUGUCAAAAUGUCUGAAAUAGCAACCUGUUCACAGAAAAGAGAAAAAUAAGCAAUAAUUUCUCUGUGACUCAGACAGGGAUCAUUUCCUGCUUCCUUUCUUGUGUUGUUAACAACCACAACUCCAGUGUUUGCCCUGACAACAACAGGCAGAAUGUGACAAUAUGGGGCAGUCCUCUGGGAGGGGAUAAAAUGGCCAUGAACAUCUUUUUAAAAGGAUGAGGAGAUAUCAAAGGGUUUUGGUUGUUUUGGAGGUUUUUCACUCACCAGUGACACACCAGUAAGGCGCCAUUCAUCCAGCAUUAGGAGGGAAACAAAUGUCAAUACUGGGAAAAACUUCCCAGUCCCUGAGCAGUGUAACAGGCGAGGACAGUGAGAGAAAUAACCUUAAUUUUAGUGGAGAAACGUGCCACAACCAGCAGCCCUACGAAACCCCCAAUAAUGGAGUGUUCAUGUAAACCUUCUUACCUGUAGCCUUGU